AUGGAGCGGCUCGGGGAGCGGCUGGGGGAGCGCUCGGCGGCGCGGCUGGACACCAUCCUGCGGCACCUGUCCCCGCGGCUGGCAGCGGCCCCGGCUCCUAUAAGCAAUCCUACUUCAGCCCAAGUCAGUGUUGCUCCUCAUUCAGAGAGGUUUAGCUACACCCUGGACAACGCUGUGCUGAGCAGGGAGCAGAGGCAGUUCUAUGAGGACAAUGGGUACCUGCUCAUCAGGAACCUCGUGUCUGACCAGGACAUCGAGCGCUUCAGGAAGGAGUUCACCAGGAUCUGCAGAAGAGAGGUGAAGCCACCAGGAGUUAUGAUUAUGAAGGAUGAAUCCCGGAAAUCUGAGUUUGGUCAGUCUGAAAGCGUGGUUAAUAAAGUGCAGGACUUCCAGGAAGAUGAAGAGCUGUUCAGAUACUGCACUCUGCCUGAGGUCCUCAAAUAUGUUGAGUGCUUCACAGGGCCAAACAUCAUGGCAAUGCACACCAUGCUGAUAAAUAAACUUCCAGAUUCUGCCCAGCAGACCUUCCUGCACCCCAUGCACCAGGACCUGCACUAUUUCCCCUUCCGGCCCGCGUCCCGCAUCGUGUGCGCCUGGACCGCCAUGGAGAGGGCUCACCAGGACAAUGGCUGCCUGGUGGUGCAGCCAGGGACACACAGGACAGCCCUGAAGCCUCAUGGCUACCCACAGUGGGAGGGUAAAACCAACAAACUUUUCCAUGGGCUGCUUGAUGAGGAUGAGAAGAUUCCCAAGGUUCACCUUGUCAUGGAGAAGGGAGACACAGUGUUCUUCCACCCCCUGCUCAUUCAUGGCUCUGGGAUAAACAGGACAUCAGGUUUUCGAAAGAGCAUCAGCUGCCACUUUGCCAGCUCAGAGUGUCACUACAUCGAUGUCAAGAACACAACUCAGGAGCACCUGGAGAAGGAGCUGCAGGAAAUGGUUUGCAAGAAAUAUGAUGCAACUGAUGUGGAGCUCAAGGAUAUUUGGAACUUCCGAGCACGGCUUGUGCAAGGGGAAAGAAUCAACCUGUAGAAGAGCAGGAUGGAAACCAUGGCCCUGAGCAGGAGCUUCUCUGAGGGAAGAACACAAAUUGUGGACAGGCAGAAUUCCCUUUGCUGACCUCUGUAAUGGUAACUUAGCCAAAUGCUGCACUGCAAAAUCGAUCUAUGCUAAUUCACAAUAAUUGCACUGAGCUGAUGUAUGUCAAAGGAAACCUAACCUAGAAAAACAGAUUUGCUGCAGGUGUCUUAGACAAUCAAAGAAUCAAAGUCUUGAAAGAACACUUUGAUUUUCUUGGUGUUUUUAUUCUUAUUUCUUAAAAGUUUUUAACAUGACACAGCUUUAGAAUGAUGCUAUACCAAUAUAGGAUUUUAUGCAAGAAUUUCCAGUGUUUCCAACUUCCUUUUCUGUGCCGAACAAAAAAAAAAAUCAGUUUUAGACAAGCCCUCAGUAACAUGGGGAGUUACUAGUGUGG